UCCCCCCCCUUCCAACCAGUCCACACCAACCCUGAUUUUUCAAGUCCGCCGAGCCCGGCCCUACCCCUGUUCAAGGCUCGCCCAUCUUAAUAUCUUGUAUUCCUCAGGCCAGAUCCCAUGUCUCUGGCGACAAUUGUUCUCGGGCUGCUUGCCCUGCAGACCCACAUCCUCGGAGUCGCAGCCGACACCACCACCACCUCGGCUUCCUCGUCCCUGACCACAGAUGGAUCGCUAACUGCCUCGAUAACGACCACCUCUCACACCCGCACCAAGACGUCCUCAUCGUCCUCGUCUUCGUCCUCAUCAGUGCCGUCGCCUAUCGCAACGGGCUCGUCCUCGUCAACCGACGCCACCCGGAGCUCCAAGGAAAGCUCGACCUUGACCAGCUCGAUCACUGCCUCUGUCGCCGCCGUCGUCCAGCCCGCCAGCCAGGCCCCACUUGAGGAGACAUCCCUGUCUUCUCUGGCCGCCGGGCCCACGCCAACAUCUCCCACGGCCUCGGUCGGUGGCCCGUCGCCUCCAUCCUCCCGCGGCGUCGACCCAGUAGCGUUGGGCGUCGGGCUUGGUGGUGGUGUGCUGGUUGCCGCUCUGGUGGCCUUUCUGGCUGUUUAUGUCUACCGGCGGCGAUCUGGCAGCCGCCGUUUCCGCUCUGGAUCGGCCCUGCGAACAUUGUCGCUGGAUGGCAACAAGGAGCGACUCGCAAGCGCCUGGGGCACAACCAACAUGCGCAAUUCAGGCGACUCGCCUCUGCCCUUGGCCCAGCUGUCCUCGUCACCCGAGCCCGAUCGCUUUGCACCGAAUCAUGCCUUUGGUCAUGUUCCCCAGCAGCCGCACGACCCACACGACCAGCGCGAUUUGUACCAGCAACCUCACCACGAGCAACGCGAUCCGUACCAACCACCUCGGCAAGAACAGCAGCGCCUGUUGGCCGAUGCGUUCCCUCCAAGCCUGCAAAGGAUUCCGUCGAGCACGGCCCAACGACUGCCCAACUCACAGCGGGUGCCAUCCGAGUCCAAAGCAAGGCUGCUCGAGCUGGACCAAGUGCCGCCGGUGCCGCCGGUGCCGCCUCUUCCAACCUCGUUCAGACCGGCGACGGCGACGGCGUCGGCCGCAGCUCCCGGCAUAGUUGUCGAUCGCAUCCACGACCGCUUUGAUGACGAGCUGUACACCCUUCCACGGACAGCCGGAGGGUUCCCGUCGACACCCCGAGCGUCUCGCCGUGUUUCCUCGUUCAUUCACCAACCCGAGCUGGACCAGCUGGCCGAGCCAUCCAGCCCACUCCCGGCCGGAUCGGAUGUGCGCAUGGCCGGGUCGGCGCGGUAUCCCGAGAACCACGACGAGCUGCCGAUCGAGGUUGGCGAGACCUUUGCCAUCAUCCAGAUCUUCGAAGAUGGAUGGGCCUUUGCCCAGAGCCGGCAGACGCAGCAAAAGGGCUUUGUGCCCAUCAACUUCCUCGGACCCAAGUCCGACGGACAGGCUCUCCCAGCCGUGCCUCUUCACAUGGCUCUGCCCGUGCCUCAAAAAUACGUACCGUCGCAUGUGUGCGCGGCGGAGCCAGCAAAGUCUGCAAGGCCAGGGGGCCUCAAGUCCGAUCCCACCAGUUUGGCCGACUCCUCACAGCUGCCGCCGCCCUUUGACGCCUUCAAGAUCGACGAUGCCAAGUGGUGGAAGGGCGAGCGCGAAUCCACGGGCAGCGAUGCCUUCCGAAUGGUCGUCCAGAGUCGCGUGGCCGAGUCUCCCGACGAGCUCACCGUGGUCGUUGGCGAGAAUCUGCUGAUGCUCGAGUCGUACACCGACGGCUGGGGCCUCGCCAUCAACCAGAACGGCGAGCGGGGGCUCGUUCCGCUCAACUUUGUGUCUAAGUAGUGAGAGCGGUGGCCAUUGGCCAUUGUGGCGAGCGU